GUGGAUGACUGUGUGGGUGAGUGUGGCGUUCGGCGUUCUGGCCUUUCCUUGCUUCUUUGUCUUUAAUCUUGUGUGCUAAGAGCAAAGGUAGACCGAACGCCGGGAUUCCAGGCCGGGCUCGUUCCCCGUUAGUCUUCUACCUUCGGUCCUUGCUUCGUGGGAUUUAUUGUGCCCGUAGCCGGAAGCAGUGUGGGUACUGCUUGUCUUAAGACGUGUCGAUUCAUGAGGUUUUGCUGUCAGUUCAAGUAACCAGAAAUGGAAAGUUCUGUGAAAGCAUCUGUAGAUUCUGAGACAGAAUCUUCUCCAGGUGUUACUGAAACCGCUGCUGCGUCUGGGCAGAGGCUUUCUGAAAAGACACGCCAGCAAGCAGAUCAACCGAAAACACAAGAUGAUCUUGUAGAGCAAAAUUCAAGUUAUGUGCAAGAUUCUCCAUCCAAGAAAAGAAAACUAGAUGUCGAAAUCAUCCUAGAUGAAAAACACUCUGAGGAUGAUGGAGGUGCUUCAAAGAGAAGCAAACUGGAGAGGGGUGGUGGGUCAGAAGAUGAGCCUUCCCCUGGAGGGCUUACCGAGAGAAAGCGAAAACUGCAGCCUCAGGAGGCCGUGGAAACUCAGACUCGGAAAUUUCAGAAGCUGGAGGAAGGACACAGCUCAGCCGUGGCCGCCCACUAUAAUGAGCUUCAGGAAGUUGGCUUGGUGAAGCGGAGUCAAAGUCGCAUUUUCUACCUAAGAAACUUUAAUAAUUGGAUUAAAAGUAUUCUUAUUGGGGAAAUUUUAGAAAAGGUACGACAAAGAAAAAACCGUGACAUCACCGUUUUGGACCUGGGAUGUGGAAAAGGUGGAGAUUUGCUCAAGUGGAGGAAGGGGAGAAUUAGCAGGCUAGUGUGCGCUGAUAUUGCCGAUAUUUCUAUGAAGCAAUGUCAACAACGCUAUGAAGACAUGAAAUGUCGUCGUGAUAAUGAGUAUAUUUUUAGUGCAGAAUUUAUAACUGCUGACUGUUCAAAGGAACUUUUGGUUGAAAAAUUCCAUGAUCCAGAAAUGUACUUUGACAUCUGCAGCUGUCAGUUUGCUUGCCAUUACUCCUUCGAGUCCUUGGAGCAGGCCGACAUGAUGCUUAGAAACGCCUGUGGAAGGCUUAACCCUGGCGGCUAUUUUAUUGGUACCACUCCCAAUAGCUUCGAACUGAUAAGACGCCUUGAAGCUUCAGAAACAGAAUCAUUUGGAAAUGAAAUAUACACUGUGAAAUUCCAGAAGAAAGGAAAUUAUCCUUUAUUUGGCUGCAAAUAUGACUUUAACUUGGAAGGUGUUGUGGAUGUCCCUGAAUUCUUGGUCUAUUUUCCAUUGCUAACUGAGAUGGCAAAGAAGUAUAAUAUGAAGCUAAUCUAUAAAAAAACAUUUCUGGAGUUCUAUGAAGAAAAGAUUAAGAACAAUGAAAACAAAAUGCUCUUAAAACGGAUGCAGGCCCUGGAGUCAUAUCCUGCGAACGAGAACUCUAAACUGGCCUCUGAAAAGGCGGGUGACUACGCACAUGCAGCCGAGUACAUGAAGAACAGUCAAGUAAGGUUACCUCUGGGAACGUUAAGUAAGUCAGAAUGGGAAGCUACAAGCAUUUACUUGGUCUUUGCCUUUGAGAAGCAGCAGUGAGCGCAGUGCUUCAGAGCAGCCCUCCAUCCUCCCAGGUAGAGCAGACCAUCCAGAGACAUUUGACAGCCAUUUGUUUAUUUUCAUAGUAAGUUCUAAAUGUGUAGGGUGCUCCACAGAGUCCAGUGUAUAAAUCUGACGUUUACUGUCUGUGACAGGUUAGCAUAAUGUGUGUACAUAAGGAUGAGUCGUCUCUAAGAUCUAUUUUUAAGUAAUGUUGUAAGAAUUGUUUUCCUCUACUGUCAAAACUAUGGCAGGGCAUGUCAGAGCAACUGAUCGCUCCAGUGCUGUGAUCGCUGGCUGUGUUUACAGAGCUGAAUUUCCCAUAACUGUAGAAUGGGCAGAGGAACGCUAGAUUGCCACCGUGCAGUCAUUUCAAGCCUUGUUACAGUGUUUUUCAAGAUUUAAUGGAUUGUGUUCUAUACACUUGAAUGUAAGUGUUCGAUAUAUAUUGCUAAAGUUAUAAAAUUAAUUUUGAUUAUUGUCAUAAGAGCUACCUGACUAGAUUUUGACUGUUUCAAUAAAAAUAACUAUUUGCUAAAACA